AUGAGGCCAACUUUUCUUACUUCUAGCGAUACAAUACCUUAUGCAUUUCGAAUGAAUUGUGCAUUGUAUUGCACAAAUUUAUUUUGUUGCCUCAUGAAAGGUCUAACUAGAUGCUAUCAGGGCAUUGGGCUGGAUACAAAUACUGGCAAUUAUGUAGGCGCCUAUAAGAAAAAUCAAUUAGUUCCUCAAAGAAAUCAGUUUGGUUAUAAAUUAAAUGUCUUACCAAAAGCCCUCUUACACCAAUUAUUACAAUAUGUGUUACAAAGUUGGAAUUUAUAUCCUAACAUCAUUAUAUCAAAGAAGCGAUCUGUGUUUCGUAGGGUACUUUGCCUUUAA